GCCGCCCGGCGGCCCCCGGCUCCGCGGGACCCCGGCCCGGCCCGACCGCCGCUGCGCUCCCCGGCCCCGCGUGGGCGCCCGGCCCGCGGCCGAUGGCGAGGGGGCGCGGCGCGGGCGGGGACGCUGCGAGCCCGAGACGGCGACGCGGGAGGCCCGGCCCGCCUCUGCCGCAUUGUCCCGGGCCCCGCGCCCGGGCCCUGAGCCGCGCCGCCGCAGCGCCCCUCCCGCCCGCCGCGCGCGGGGCCAUGAGGAGAGCCGCCGGGAUGGAGGAGUUCGCGGCGGAGGACGAGGAGCCCUGGUACGACCAGCAGGACCUGGAGCAGGACUUGCACCUGGCUGCAGAGCUGGGGAAGACGCUGCUGGAGAGGAACAAGGAGCUGGAGGAGUCUCUGCAGCAGAUGUAUUCCACCAACGAGGAGCAAGUGCAGGAGAUCGAGUACCUGACCAAGCAGCUGGACACGCUGCGGCAUGUGAACGAGCAGCACGCCAAAGUGUACGAGCAGCUGGACCUGACGGCCCGAGACCUGGAGCUGACCAACCAGAAGCUGGUGCUGGAGAGCAAGGCUGCCCAGCAGAAGAUCCACGGGCUGACGGAGACCAUUGAGCGCCUGCAGGCCCAGGUGGAGCAGCUGCAGGCCCAGGUGGAGCAGCUGCGGGGCCUGGAGCAGCUGCGGGUGCACAGGGAGAAGCGGGAGCGCAGGCGCACCAUCCACACCUUUCCCUGCCUCAAGGAGCUGUGCACCAGCCCCCGGUGCGAGGAUGCCUUCCGCCUGCACAGCUCCUCCCUGGAGCUGGGCCCGCGGCCCCUGGAGCAGGAGAACGAGCGGCUGCAGACCUUAGUGGGUGCGCUGCGCUCCCAGGUGGGCCGGGAGCGGCAGCGCAAGGAGCGGGCGGAGCGCGAGUACACGGCGGUACUGCAGGAGUUCUCGGAGCUGGAGCAGCGGCUGGGCGAGAUGGAGGGCUGCCGCCUGCGCGUGCAGGAGCUGGAGGCCGAGCUGCUGGAGCUGCAGCAGAUGAAGCAGGCCAAGACCUACCUGCUGGGCCGCGAGGACCACCUGGCCGAGGCCCUGCUCGAGCCCCUAACCCAUGCCCCCGAGGCCGACGACCCCCAGCCGGGCAGCGGGGGCGACUUGGACGCCCAGGACGGUGCCUCCUCGCCGGCCACCUCCCCGGGCCACGCAGUACGCAAGAGCUGCAGCGACACGGCGCUCAACGCCAUCGUGGCCAAAGACCCGGCCAGCCGGCACGCGGGCAACCUCACGCUGCACGCCAACAGCGUGCGCAAGCGCGGCAUGUCCAUCCUGCGGGAGGUGGACGAGCAGUACCACGCUCUGCUCGAGAAGUACGAGGAGCUGCUGAGCAAGUGCCGGCAGCACGGGGCCGGGGUGCGCCACGCCGGCGUGCAGACCUCGCGGCCCAUCUCCAGGGACAGCUCGUGGAGGGACCUGCGGGGCGGCGAGGAGGGCUCCAGCGAGGCCAGGGCCGGCGAGAAGAGUCUCAGCCAGCACGUGGAGGCCGUGGACAAGCGGCUGGAGCAGAGCCAGCCCGAGUACAAGGCACUCUUCAAGGAGAUCUUCUCCAGGAUCCAGAAGACCAAGGCCGACAUCAAUGCCACCAAAGUCAAGACACCCAGCAGCAAGUGACUCUUCUUCAGCCUGCAGCCUCCCCCUGGGGCCUGGCCACCAAAUCCCUGGCACCUGCUUCCUGCAGCCUCUGGUGAGCGAGCGAGAGCCCUUUAGCAGCAAUGCAUCAAAUCAGGUGCCCCCCCCCCCACCAAGUGGUAUGGAGGAGGAGGCCCCUCUCUUUCCCCAGGGGUGCGGAUAUUGUUGCAUGUUUCUUGCUAAUGGGGGGGCGGCCCCUACCUGUCCUGUUUCCCAGGAGCCCCCGACCAUCCUGCAUCUGCCCAAAGGCGCAGCUCAGAGUUUAAAAGCCAAACGUCCUCCCCACUCUCCUGGGGGGUGAGGGGGGAGGUUUCCAGCUUCUCCAACUCCCUUGCUUCCUGACCCUGUGCCCCACCCUCAGAUCUGUGGCCAGGCUACUGGACUAUUGGCCUUUUUUCAAGGUUCUGUGUUUUUUUUUCUUUUGAGAGAUUUGCAAUGCAAGGUCCCCUGACCCCCUGCCACAACUGGAAACACUUGAAGAGGGACCCUAGAGCCAGCUGUUGCGGGCUCCAGGGGUUUCCUGGACCACUCACUGCAUCUCCCCAGCCAUGAUGUGCUGUCAUUUUCUUAGCACCAGCUGUCCCCCCAACCCAGGAUCCUGACCAGGUCAGAGACGGCCCCCACCACACAGAGCAGGAGGCCUCCGUUCCAGCCCUGGUGAGGUCGGGCUUCUGGGGUCCCCGGCCCACUGCAGAUAUGUAGCCAAUCAGAGGAGGGGUAGAGGGAGCCCAUCUGCAGCCAUACAAGAGCAUCGCACCCUGUUUCCCUUGAGGCCAGCCUCCUUGGUUUCCAGCCCAGAAAUGCCUUCUGGACAUUAAGCUGUCUAGGGGCCAGGGGCAGUGGGGAGCCCCACUCCAUACACCACCUCUGACUCACCAAGCUCACUCUCUGCCCCGCUUCCCUGCACCUGCCCCCAUCUCAGGGACCACGAUGUCUCAUCCCCUCUCAUGCUCCCUGCAGGCCAACCCCAGCAGAGUUCACAUCUGCCAACCCCAGAAUGCCCUGGGCAACGGCCACCAGCCAGAGGUCCCAGCUUCCAUCGCUGUCCCCCUCCCCUCACUGGGGACCACCUGAGAUUCUCACCCCACACUGAACAGUAUUGAAUUGGGAUGGGAGGGGGAGGACAUGUGUUUUCUCUCCCAUAAAAUGCCUCCUUUUAACCUCCCACUUUUUGGGGGGCUUUUGAGGACCCAGCUGGGUCAGGGGGUUAAUCUUUUGGUUUAAGGCUCCAGAAAAUCAAGCUUUGGCUAAGAGAUGCUGGGAGCCCCCACUUGCCCUGAGCAGUUCUUCAGGGGUUCCAGUUUCUUCUGCUGCCCCUCCCAUGACUCUAGAAAUAUAAGGAGCCAUACAGCCCAGUGGAAGGCGGUGGCGGUGGCCUCUGCGGGAGCCCAGUGGGAACCUUCUUGCCUUAUUCGUUUCUAGUGGGUAAAGGGGUUUCUUAACAAGCAAGCCCCGACCUCCCUGGAGGCACUGUGACAACAGCUGGCGGCUGGGUCCUUCCGUUCCCACAACUUGGAAUCUUUUGUCCUCUGGGGCUGGGCAGCUCCUGGCCCUUCAUGUGUCACUGUCAUCUAGGGUGGAGGAGACGGGGUGGAUGGGGUGGAGGGAAGGAUCUCCGUCCUGUUCACAAACCUCAGCUCUGUAGUAGCCAACCAGCGUCACCUUUGAAGUAUACAUGAGAGAAAUAUAUUUAC